CAUGAAUACUCUUGUAAAAUCAUUAGCAGGGAAAUUCUCGACAGUUGCAUUGCAUACUGCUCUACCUUUUACAGGGUAUAAAUACGAUGACAUUGACACAUCCAAAAGUUAUAGAUUGCGAUCUUUACUCUCUGAAAUUUGGGAUAAUAGAAUUGAUGAAGGAUUUCAUAUGGCUUAUGAGUAUUUGUUUAUUUAAAGUUCUUAGAUAAUUCAUUUAAGCACUCAGUGAGAAAGAUUACAAAUUCAUAUCAACUAUAGCUAAUGCAAAUCUAGAAAGAACUCUAGAGAAAUAUAAUUUUUAAUUAUUGAACCUCAAGAAUGGAACUAAAGAUAUUGUCUUUUCUGAUUUAACGUAUGACUUAAUAAUAUUAAUAGAUUAUCAAUUGGUGACAAAUCAUAAUAAUGCGUAAAGAUGUCUCUUUUCAACUGUGUGAAUUUAGAUAUAUAUGGUAAUGAUAAUGAGAGAUCUGAAAUUGAAAAGUAAAUAUAUAAUAUAUUUUAGUGUUACAUUUCGAGUUGAAUGUUAUAUACUAUCUUAAUUAAUGUUAUAUCCUACCCCUGAGGCUCAUUUUGAAUCAAUUUAUCAUAGAGUAUUCAUAAUUCUUAUGUAUUAGGUUAUGUUUGAAUUGAAAUUAACACAAGCUGCUAAUACAAAUCCAGAUUUAAUUAAAGUAUUGUUAUUGAGUUCAAAGAAAAGAAUGAAAUAUCUCCAAAAUCAUUUUAUUGGUAAACAAUAUGAAUGGAGAAUUAUGGAGAUUGAUAAUUUAAAUGUGUGA